UCUCUCUCUGCUCCCCCCCCCCCUCCGCGACUGCUCUCCGCCUGGCUGCCUGGCUUGCUUGAGCAAUCUCCCCCAGCCCCAGCCCCAGCUCCUCUCAGGGUCCAGGUCUCCUCCCAGGCUGCAGUCGCCUUUAAGCUCCAUCCCUCCCUGCUUAAGUUUCCACAUUCUCCAGCUUCUCCCCAGCCCAGCCAUCCACACACACACACUCUCUCACACACACACACUCCAGAGCUGCUGCUGCUUCCCUCCUCCGCCUGCCUCACCAAGUGCCCUGUUUUCUUUCUGGGCACAGCUCUCCUGGUGCUCUCCAAGGAUUUGCAAGGAAGCAACUAUGAAGAGGAAACUGGUGUCGUGCAUGAUGCAGUUGGUUCUUCUCCUUUUCUUGGCAUGCCUGUCUGCAAGAUCAUCGUUGGCUGACCCUAAUGAGGAUGAAGCAAAAAAUAACAUCACCAUCUUUACAAGAAUUCUAGACAGACUCCUAGAUGGUUAUGAUAAUCGACUGAGACCUGGAUUGGGAGAUAGUACAACUGAAGUCUUCACAAACAUCUAUGUGACCAGUUUUGGGCCUGUUUCAGAUACAGAUAUGGAAUACACAAUAGAUGUUUUUUUCCGUCAAAAAUGGAAAGAUGAAAGGUUAAAGUUUAAGGGUCCUAUGAAUAUUCUUCGACUGAACAAUCUAAUGGCCAGCAAAAUAUGGACUCCAGAUACAUUCUUUCACAAUGGGAAGAAGUCAGUCGCUCAUAACAUGACCAUGCCAAAUAAACUACUGAGAAUCCAAGAUGAUGGGACUCUCUUAUAUACCAUGAGGCUUACAGUCCAGGCCGAGUGUCCAAUGCACUUAGAAGACUUCCCUAUGGAUGCUCACUCAUGCCCAUUGAAAUUUGGCAGCUAUGCAUAUACAACUUCAGAAGUGACCUACAAGUGGACUUUCAAUGCAUCUAAUUCAGUAGAAGUGGCCCCUGAUGGCUCCAGGUUAAAUCAGUAUGAUCUCUUAGGUCAGACAAUAGGACAGGAAACAGCUAAAUCUAGCACAGGUGAAUAUACAGUAAUGACAGCUCAUUUUCAUUUGAAGAGGAAGAUUGGUUAUUUUGUUAUUCAGACUUAUCUCCCCUGCAUUAUGACAGUCAUCCUGUCCCAGGUGUCAUUCUGGUUGAACAGAGAAUCCGUCCCAGCAAGGACAGUGUUUGGUGUAACAACAGUUUUAACAAUGACAACUUUAAGCAUCAGUGCACGAAAUUCUUUACCCAAAGUAGCCUAUGCCACAGCUAUGGACUGGUUUAUUGCUGUUUGUUAUGCAUUUGUAUUCUCUGCCUUGAUAGAAUUUGCCACUGUAAAUUACUUCACAAAACGAGGAUGGGCGUGGGAUGGAAAAAGUGUAGUAAAUGAUAAGAAAAAAGAAAAGGCAUCUGUCAUGAAGAAGAACAAUGCUUAUGCAGUGGCUGUUGCCAAUUAUGCACCGAAUAUCACCAAAGACUCAGCUCUCCCUACCAUCUCCAAGAGUGCUACCACAACUACUGCCACUACCACUGCAGAGCCCAACAAGGCAAAGCCAGAUGCCAAACCAGCAGAAGCAAAGAAAACUUUCAACAGUGUUAGUAAAAUUGACAGGAUGUCAAGAAUAGUCUUUCCCGUCUUAUUCGGUAGUUUCAACUUGGUAUACUGGGCAACAUAUCUAAACAGGGAACCUGUCUUACAUGGGUUUGCUCCAUCACACUAAAACCUUAAUUUUAUGAUGAGGGUGUAUGACAUCAUUAUAAUCAGAUUGUUUUCCUAUGUACAGUUUACGACUAAUAACUGCUAAUCUGUGAACCAAUAUGUACAGAAUGUAUAUAGGUAUCGUGUCCGUCUAUCUCCAAAGGAGGUACACAAACCUUAUUCAUGGGAUCUGAAAAACAGAUGGCACCCAUGACAAAUAUAGUCUGCUCUCCUACCCAUGUGAGUUCCCCUAAUCCUAGAUUCAAAUUGCCUGAAUUAUAUCCAUACAACCAUAUAUGGUCCUACAUAACUAUUUAGUAACACUAUUUUUUUAAUUUAAAGUUUAAAAUAUUUUUCUAUGAAAUGACUGAUUCUACUUUAAUGAAAAGAAGCUAUCAUUUGAAAGAGAGAGAUUUUUUUAAGCAAAGUAAUCUUAAUAAUUUCUUACGGAAGCAGUGCCCAUGUAAAUAUUAUAUAUGUAUGGUGAGUUCAAGUAUUCUCUUAUUAGCAACCAUUCUGAAUGCAAGGUACAGUAUGUGUAAAAGCUAUUGGAAUGUCAGGGUUAAUAACUUCUUCCUUCAGAGUUAAUGACUGAUGGCUAAACCUGUGAUGUGAUGAAUGCUCUGCUGCUGGAGCAAAAGGAUUAGAUGUGAGGGUUCUUCCAAAACUUUUCCAAAAGGGAAACAAACAAACAAACGAACAGAUUCCCAGUGGUCUAGGUGACCUAGCAAAUUUACAUAUUACUGUUUCUCCAGCAAGAACCUUUUUUUCCCUUUCUCUCCAGCACUUGAGUGUUACAUAACCACUUGUAAGGCAUCAAUGAUGAGACAAAUCAUUGGAAUCAAGGGAGCUGAAGCUGAACCCACCGCACCACACUGGCUGUGUACAUAGAAAACAGCUGUGAUACACCAAAGUAAAAAACAUAAACCUUUUUUACUUCUGGUUAUUGGAUCUAUAUAAUUCAUUCAGUCUUUUUUUGUUAAAAUAAUUCUGCCUUUAUCAAUUUCCAGUGCAUGCUUCUCUCAAAUAUAAUUUACAGAAUUUCAGAACAUCUGAUAAGCAGAAACUGUACAAACAUUCCAAAAGUGUAGCAGUGUUAAUAACAAAUUUCAUACAUUGUUUACUUGCUUUGUCACAGAUGUUUUCUGUAAAUGGUUUCAUAUGAAAUCCUUCAUGUUGUCUUCUAGGGACAGUUCAGGUCCUGAAUUUUUUUUUAAGGAAACUACAGAGUUUAUCGCAUCGCUAAAAAACUCCAGUUUACCUUUCCUGUUUUGAAUUCUAAUUUGGGAUGCAGCCAGGUAUUAUCAGAUGCAUUUUGCCAUUGA